AUGGCAUUGGCGGAGUCUUUCCUUCGAAGGGUCCACAAACUGGGAAUAAUCCCUAAGGUUGUGAAGCUACUACCAGUUAUAUCAUUUGUCUUCGCACUUGCCAGUGUCGCUUGGCUCCUUGUGCUUCCUCAAGAUGGCCAGUUCAGAAACACGUAUAUUUCAGAGAAUGCGUUGAUGCCUGGUCAAGUCACGUCCUACUUCCGUGAAAGUGAAUGGAAUAUUGUUAGAGGCUAUAGAUCUGAGACCAAGAAAUGGAACUACGAAGAGUCAGCGAGAUCUAACCCGAUGCUUGAGACGUGGUUGACGGAUCUUGGUCUCAAGGUGGCACACUUUGAGGAUGAUAAAACCAAUAGCUCCACACUCUAUGCUAUUAUGCAUGCCCCUCGUGGUGACAAUACAGAGUCGGUGGUCCUUGUUGCCCCUUAUAUCACAUCAACCAACGAGGACAAUAUCGGUGGUCUCGCCUUGGCGCCAGCUUUGGCUCGUUACUUUGGUAGGAUGUCGAUCUGGUCCAAGAAUGUCAUCUUUGUAUUUCCAAGGGAUGGACAUGCAUCAUUGAGGUCUUGGGUUGAAGCUUACCACACCUCCUUGGAUCUUACAGCAGGUUCUAUUGAAGCUGCCAUUGUGCUAGAAUAUGCCAAAGAUAGUGAUAACUUUGACCACUUGCAACUCAUUUACGAGGGUCUCAAUGGCCAACUUCCGAACUUGGAUUUGAUUAAUACCAUUACAACAAUCGCCAGAAAUGAGAAUAUGCAUGUUGGAAUUCAACUGACCCCUGGCGAAGAACUUACGAGAAGGGAUUACGGAUCUCGUUUGAGAACCUUGGCUAGAGGAAUCCUUCACUUGGCAAUGGCAGGCUUACACAAGUCUACCUUUGGAUGUGAAGCUUUUUCUGGAUGGCAAAUUCAGGCCGUCACUAUCCGUGCAGUUGGUACUGGUGGCCCUGAUAUCACACAAUUCGGAAGAAUUGUAGACUCCACUUUCAGAGCGGUCAACAAUUUGCUUGAAAAAUUCCAUCAGUCGUUUUUCUUCUACCUUCUUUUGUCACCCAAGCAUUUUGUCUCUAUCGGAACAUACUUACCUUCGGCUGUCCUUUUGGCUGUUGCAUUUGCCUUGAGCUCCUUGUGCUGCUUGGCGAAUGGUGUUACAGGUGGAGAAUAUCUUAUUGGUAUGGGAACAUUAUUGAUGACCUUCACAGCCAUUGAGCUCGUCUGUUUGAUCUUCGCAUUUGCACUUCCCCACCUAGUGGAGACUGCUGCAGAUCCAUACCUGCAAUCAAGGUUGAUAAUCAUUGUCGCAAUUGUGGUUUCUUUUCUCUUAUCAUUGAAGCAGGUCGUUAGAGCGAUUGUACCCCUGAGAUUCAGCAAGGUGACGACGUACUCCUUAAUUGCUUUCAGUCUUUAUUUCAUUGCAAUGCUAAUCACCACCUUGCUUAUCGUGCAUUUUGCGCUUGCAUUCACCAUUGGCUUAUGCUCCUUGCCAUUGACCUUCAUUCAACCGCAGAUAUCAGCUCAAAUCAAAAAUAAGGGCAACGCGUUCAAGACGAAAAUUCUCGCAUGUCUUCUUGUAUCCUCCCCGAUCACGGCAAUCCUUCUUUUGGGUUACUUCUAUGAUGGUGAAAAGGAGGCUGGUAUUGUCACUUUGACCCAACGUCUAUUGACACUGUGGGAUGAAUUGCAAUGCUGGACGUGGUUUGUGGUUGCCCUUGGCUGGUUCCCUGCGUGGAUAUCGAUAGCAAUUGCAUAUACUUUUGGCACAUUCGAAGAGGCAGGUGUACAAGAGGUACAAGAGGAGAAACCCAAAACUGAAUAG